AUGAGAAGCCUGUGGUUGUUGUCCAAUAUGCCAAGAUUAAGAAAUGCAGACGUAAGUUUAACUGGUGCAAAUUUGCUUCAGACAUUGAUACCUGCUGCUAAAAUUAGCUUAAAUGCUGAUAUUGACGAAGUUAUAUCGUUUAAGAACAGGAUUCUUGCAAGUGGUAUAGAUGUUGGUGGACCUGUGGGUGAUCUAUCUUUUCUGAAUUCUUCGUAUCCAAAGAUUGAUGAAAUUAGAGUGAUAUAUCCAAUUCAGGACUUGAAGGAUUUGGAUUAUGUGUGUUCUUUCUAUGAACCAAUGGGACAUAAUGGACUCUGUCUUAAUGUCGAUGAAAACUAUUGCAAUGUUUAUGAAGUGUAUGAUUUCGGCAGGUCCAUAGUGUUUAAUUACUAUGACAUAUGGGAAGCAUAUGAAGCUUCUUCUUUUUGUGAAAAAAAGGCAGUGGCAAAUAUUUCUUGUGGGGGUUUAGCUGUUGAAUUUGAUAAAACCGAAGAUGUUGUUCAACAUUUUGUAAGCACAGAAGGUGGAAGUGAGGCCUCUAAUUCUAUUAUUGGAAAAUCUUUGUUACCAUGCAAAAGGUUGUCUGUUGAGGGAUCUUCUAAGGAUGAUGAUGAAGGUUGUGAGAACAAUUGUGCUGAUGUGAAGAGGAGGAAUAUGUGCUGUAUGUUUGCUGGAACAUGGCCUAGAAACCUUGGACUCAAAUGGGUUCGAGUAGAAGAGGAACUUGGACAGCAAGGAGCAGAUUAUCCAAGCUUCAUUCUUCCAUUCUUUUCAGAUCAAGAAAUCAAGGUUUUAUUUGACGUCAAGGGUACUGUGAAGUGUUGCAUGACUAGGGCAAAUCCUGGGUUUUUGCAUCCAUUUAUUUCUGAAAUAGAUCGAGAAUUUCAUAGGUUUAUUAGAGCACGUAGAGCUUUUGUUACUGAUUCUCAUUCAAGUGAUUCUGAUUCUGACCUUGAUUUUGAUUCUGAUUUUGUUGCAGUUUUUGAUAACAUGGCUGAAGAAGGACCGCGAGAAAGAACAUUAAGGGAGCUGGCUGCACCUGAUUUCACCUACGAAAGCUUGUGUAUCCAGUAUCCUGAGGAUGUACCAUGUGUACUCAAAACUGGACUAAUCCAUUUAUUGCCUAAGUUUGGUGGUCUUGCAGGUGAAGAUCCUCAUAUGCAUAUCAAGGAGUUUCGUACUGUCAUAUCCACCAUGAAGCCUCCUGAGGUUGACAAAGAUCAUAUCUGUUUGAAGGCUUUUCCUCAUUCCCUUCAGGGAACUGCAAAGACUUGGCUGUAUAACCUGCCCCCUUCAUCCAUUGCAAGCUGGGACGACCUGAAAAGAAAGUUUCUUGAGAAGUUCUUCCCUGCCUCUAGGACAACAUCAAUCAGAAAAGACAUCUCAGGAAUCAGGCAGCUACAUGGAGAGACUCUACAUGAAUACUGGGAAAGAUUCAAGACAUUAUGUGUGAGCUGCCCCCAUCACCAGAUUUCCGAGCAGCUCCUAGUUCAGUAUUUCUAUGAGGGUUUGCUCAAUAUGGAGAGACAUCUCAUUGAUGCUGCUUGUGGAGGUGCAUUGAAUGACAUGACUCCUACUGAAGCCAGGCAGUUGUUUGAGAAGAUGGCUGCUAAUUCUCAGCAGUUUCAAACAAGGAGUAAUGAUGCUGUUAAAACUGUUAAUGAGAUUGGGACAGAUCCAAGGAUGGACAAGCUUGAGAAGAGGAUGGAAACCAUUGCCAGCUUGGUUACUCAAUUGGCCAUGAACCAGAAUAAACCUUCACAACAGGCAAAGGUUUGUGGCAUUUGCACUAAAGACCAUAAUACUGAUGUUUGUCCUUCUCUGCAGGAACCUACAGAUGAGAAUCCUGAAGCAUAUGCUGCCAACAUUUUCAAUAAUCGACCUCAGCAAAAUUAUGAUCUGUCAUCUAACAGAUAUAACCCUGGCUGGAGAAAUCAUCCAAAUCUUAGAUGGUCUGAUCAGUCACAACCUGCCCAAGCACCGUUUCAGAAUAAAUCUUCAUUGGAGGAUAUGUUGAAGCAGAUGACAGCCCAAAACAUACAGUUCCAACAAGACACCAGAUCCUCCAUUCAGAAUCUGACCACCCAGAUAGGACAGAUGGCUACUUCAAUAAACCAGCUACAGUCCCAGAAUUCUGAUAAGCUGCCCUCUCAGACGGUUGUCAAUCCAAGAAAUGUGAGCGCCAUCACCUUACGGUCGGGGAAGCAAAUUGAUGCAGAUCAUGGACCAGAGCCAGAGCCUGAAAAGGAGACAGAGACCACUGCCACAAGAACCUUCCAAGUACAACCACCUUCCAUUCCUCUUCCAUUCCCUCCGAAAGCUAUGCCAAGCAAGAAGAAGGAAGAGGUAGAUACGGGAAUCUUGGAGAUAUUCAAGAAAGUGGAGGUGAACAUACCUCUACUUGAUGCACUCAAGCAAAUUCCAAGAUAUGCAAAGUUUCUGAAAGAAUUAUGCACUCAGAAAAGGAAGCUGAAAGGAAAUGAAAGAGUUCGCAUGGGGAGAAACGUUUCUGCAAUCAUAGGUAAAGCUAGUAAACCUGCUCCUGUUUCUGAUGUUCCUGAAAAGUGUGAGGAUCCAGGUACGUUUUCUGUUCCUUGUGUCAUAGGUGAUACUAAAUUUGAAAAUGCCAUGCUAGAUCUAGGAGCUUCAAUUAAUGUGAUGCCUAUGUCUAUUUUUAAAUCACUUUCACUUGGACCUCUGAAACCUACGGGUGUUGUCAUCCAAUUAGCAAAUAGGAGCACGGCACACCCUGCUGGUUGGGUAGAGGAUGUCUUGGUUAGGGUUGGUGAACUUGUUUUCCCUGCUGAUUUUUAUGUGCUUGAAAUGGAAAAAGGAUCUUCCCGUAAUACAGUUCCUAUCAUUUUGGGGAGACCAUUUUUAAAGACAGCCCGAACCAAGAUAGAUGUUUAUGCUGGUACACUGACUAUGGAAUUCGGUGAUAUUGUGGUUAGGAUAAACAUUUUUGAUGCUAUGAAACAUCCACCUGAAGACUAUUCUGUGUUUCAUAUUGAUUUGCUUGAUGAACUGCUUGAUGAUAUGCUUGAUGAACAUGAAUCUGAUUUCCUACAUGAUUCUGAUUAUCCUUCACUAACUGGGUCAUACACUUGUCAUACAUGUACUGUUACUGAAAUGUGUGAUUCUUGCAUUGAUCAAUUUUUGGACACUGUUGUUGUUGACUCAGAUGUUAAGAAAUCUGAUUGUACUAACCCAGUUGUUGAAGUGCAGGCUGCAGAAACUGUAUCUGCUAGUUUGGUUCCAUCUGUUUUGCAGGCACCCGUAUUGGAGCUUAAGCCCUUACCAGAUAACCUCAAGUAUGCCUACUUGGAGGAUGACAAGAAGCUCCCUGUCAUUGUUUCCUCAACCCUUCAUGAAAAUCAAGAGGAAAAGUUGCUGCAAGUACUAAGGAAGCACAACAAAAGCUAUUGGUUGGACCUUAGCUGA